AUGAUAGUUGCCUUAUUUAUUACAACUGCAUUAGCUCUAUAGAUGAAUGAGCAGGCCACACUCACAACGGAAGCUCAAACUGCUGUUAGAGAAUUUGUUCAAUCUGGUCCAUUAGGGAAGAUGAUGUUCGAGUUUGCUUAAGUAGAGAUGCACAGGCUUCUGGCUUUUGGUCGUCAAUAAGAAGACAGAUUGAAUGAUGAGAAUACUAUUUGGUAAAAUAGACUUGGAGAUCAUAAUGCUCGUAGAAUUCAGUAUGAGUCACUGGUAACAGAAGGGGUGGAUUAGCUAUUAAUAGGGAUAGGAAAAAAUUAACCCUAAGAAUAUGAACCUAGAAAAGAGGAACUCAAUGAAAUUUUAACAACUUUGAAAACAAACAUGGGCAAAAAUGAAGUUGCUAAAAAGAAUGCAGAAGCAUUGAGAGCUGAAUAGAAUUCAUAAUUCUAACAACAAGCAAAUGAAAUUACUGAAGCUAUUAAAGCAACUGAUGACACUCUAGAAUACAUCAAGAGAUGCAGUCAGGGUUCAUUUAUUGAAGUUGACAAAAUUAAUGAUCAUCUUCUUUUCUUGUAAAAGAAAUCAUCUAAAUCUACUGAUUAUGUUGGAUCAAUAAUCUAGGCAUUAAUGUAAAUUAGUGAAAAGCAGAACUUUGCUGAUAGAGAGGUUUAAAAGUAAUUGGUUGAUCUAUUGUAAUCAUUGAGAGGCUAUUUUGUGGAAACUUUAUAAGCAGCCUACAAUGAUGAGGAUUAAUAGAAAUUAUUGCAUGAAAAUAGAAUGAAUCAAUUAGAAAAUGAAAAAUAAGUAUUUGAAAAACAAUAUAGUGAUGCUUAUGCUGAAAGAGAAUAAAGAUCAUUAUAAAUCGAAGAUACCAAUAGAUUAUUAGAUACAAGAGGCAAAGAAUUAGCAGGUUAUUAAGAUCGAUUGACUACUGAAAACAAUAAUUUUUCUUAAAAUCAAAAGAUUCAUGAUGAUCUAGUAGCAGCUAUUAGUGGAGAAAUAGGUUUUAUUGAAAAAGCAUUAGAUGUUUUGAUGACCUAAGCGUUUUCUGAUGAACUCUAAUCAGCUAUUAAUAAAGCUAAAUGA